UAACAUUCCAUUUUCCAUUUUCCAUGUCAUUCCAUUACAGGUUAUUUUACUGCUUGUUCCAAAACAAAUAUUCUGCUUUCACUCCUAAUCUACAGGCAAAUACAAUCUACUACAAAAAGGUUGAGCUUUUCAUAGUUAUCCAGCCAACAUAAAUCAAUACAUGGAGGUCAUAUUACUUCAAAGUCCUCGUAGACAGGAAAGUAAAAAAAGAAGGGAACCUCAUAACACAUAAUCUGUCCUCCUCUCGAGUGGCGUUUAUAAUGGCUAAUGCAAUAUUUGCUUUUAUUAACGAUUAUGACAAAAAUGUUUACACUUAAGUUGUUCCUAAUGGAAUUUAUAUUGUUUUAUCUACCAACCUUUUUUCUCUAUAAAUGAGUAACAUUCUGAACAGCCCCAGAAUAUUAAAAGGUGAUCAGUUCAUGCACAAAAUAUUGAUAAUAUAUGAACAUGUAAAAUGUCAUGAGUCUUUAAUCUCAUGGAACAAUUCAACAUGUAAGUCUUUUGUCUGGAGGUUCCCAUCUUAUAUCAUCACCAAUGCCCAGAACUUAAUUCAAUACAAGAACCCCUAAAAAGAAAUGCAAAAGCAUAAACACUUGCACUUUCACAGAAACCCUUAACACCACAAGCAAAGUCAGACACAGGACACACAUGAAUUUACAAUAACACCGUUGAAAUCUUUGACAGUUCAUCUCCGCCAGGCAUGGGAUUAAUCUGCAGUAUAUCUUCCCUGCUCUGUUUGUAUCCAGCCUAAUGUAGAUAGUAGUCAGCCUGAGGCCAUCGCUAAACUCGGGCUAGUCACAGGAAGUGGUCCACCGUCAACGGCCUCAUCAGCCGAAGAGACAAAUUCCACCGUUGUCAUGGACACUCCGGGGGAGGAGCAGGGCGGUAGAAAAGUCGUGCAGGUUGUGAGAAGAAUUGUUAGACGUGUGGUUCCUGCUCAGGCAGAAGGGCAGACCCAGCCUGUUGUUUCAGAGCCUGCAAGGGCUGCCUUUGCCGCAGACUUGUUGCCCAAAACCAGCACUAGGUCGGAUGAUAUCUCUAUGGGCCUGACCAGCCUAAUGGGCAGAAGUAGAACCAAGGAACACCGGCCUCGCACCCGCACCCAGGACCGCAAAGAGGACAUGAAAGAAGAGGCAAAGCAGGAGGAAGAGGAGAAAGUAGCUGUGGAAGAAAAGGAAGAAAAACCUGCUGUGGAAAAAACAGAGGAGGCCACUGCGACCAACCCUACAGCACCAACACCUGCAUCCCCUAAAGUGAACCCCCUCACCCCUCCAGCUGGGUUCAUCCCCGCUCCCAAACCCAACCCUUUGGCCCCACCGGUUGGCUUCAUCCCGCUCCCCAAACAGAAUCUGUUGACUCCUCCGCCUGGUUUCAUCCCUGCCAGAAAACCCAGUCCAGUGCCCCCAAGACAGAAUCCCCUAGCAAGACCUCCAGGAUUCGUCCCUGUCCACAAGACAGAUCCUCUGGCUCCUCCUGCGGGGUUCAUCCCAAAGCCCCGACCAGUUGCCCUAAAGAAACCGGAGGUAAAGGAGACAUCUUCUCCCUCUGUGGCCCCCGAUGGUAAGCCGUCCCCUGUUGCACGUCCCCAGGCUCAGUCUGCAACCAAUGAACAGGUCCCACAGCUGACUCCCUCUGAGGAGGAUCACAAGCGUGUGAGGAGGAUCUUCGCCGCCGAUGCCAAUGAUUCGAAGCUUGUUGAGGACCCUGUGGCCAUCCUUCAGGCAGCGCACUCGGCUGCAGCUCAGGCGAAGACAGAGGAGCAGCUUACGGCAGAGACAGCCUGGUACAACAAAGAGAAAGUAUGGCUGGUCCACAAGGAUGGAUUUUCUAUUGCGACUCUCCUGAAGGCGAAGGCAGGCAGUCUGCCAGAGGGGAAGGUGAAAAUCCGCCUGGAGAGUGAUGGAUCUUUAUUGGAUGUGGAUGAAGACGACGUAGAGAAGGCUAACCCUCCGAUGUUUGACCGAGUGGAGGACCUGGCCUCUCUGCAGUAUUUGAACGAGUCGAGCGUUAUGCACUCGCUGAGGCAGCGGUACGGCGGUAACCUGGUGCACACCCACUCUGGGCCCAACAUGGUGGUCGUCAACCCCAUCUGCGCCCCCUCCAUGUACUCUGAGAAGGUGAUGCAGAUGUUCAAGGGCUGCAGAAGGGAGGACACGGCCCCUCACAUUUACAGCAUGGCCCAGGCUGCCUAUAGGAACCUCCUCACCACUCGCCAGGAUCAGUCCAUUGUCCUGCUGGGCAAGAGUGGUAGUGGAAAGACCACCAACUGUCAACACAUCAUCCAAUACCUGAUCAGUGUCGCGGGCAGCACCAACAAAACAUUCUCCUGUAGGUUGGAAUGGACUACAUUUGGAAAUAAUUUGACUUUUAUGGUUGUGGUUAUGCUUGUCACGAUAAAUACUUUUGUUAGAGGAUACAUUAGAGCAGGGGUACUCAAAUACAAAUCUUAAAGGUCCAACAUUUUCUUUUCAAUAAGACAAAGGUCCGUU